AUGAAGGGCUUAUCGGGCAGCCGUUCCCAGCACCAGAUCCCUUUACCCUACGGCUUGGACUAUGACCCCCACGUCCAUGACCUCCACGCUCACCAUGGCUCUGACUCCCGCCACUCGUCCUACCUGCUCAGCCCCACAGAGAGCUGCCCCAUGGACUUCCACCACCGCUACUCGCCGCGCAGCUCCAUCCACUCUGACUGCAUGAUGAUGUCCGGCGUCAUGAUGCCCCCUGCUGCAGCAUCUGACCACAUCUCCAGCAGCACCUUCCCCAGAAUGCAUUACAGCUCUCAGUAUUACGACUCAGCCACACGAGACGACUGCGCUGCCAUCACAGCCUCAGCCACAUCCCCAGCCGUAGCUGCUGCUGCAGCCGCCGCGGCCGCCUCUUCCCAUCUCUCCGGCACCAAGAGCAACCGCCUCCCUGCUAACCUACUCGACCAGUUUGAGAAACAACUGCCGCUACACCGCGAUGGCUUCCACACGUUACAGUACCAGCGCACCCACACCACCACAGAACGCAGCGAGAGUCCUGGCCGCAUCAGACACCUUGUUCAUUCUGUCCAGAAGCUAUUCACCAAGUCCCACUCCCUGGAGGGAUCGUCCAAGAUGAAUGGCACAAAAGGUGACAUCAUGGGAGGAGGAAGUUAUCACCAUCAUGGCCACCACUCCACCAAACAUGGUAGCAAGAGGAGCAAGAGCAAAGAACGCAAGAACCGUUCUGGCGGCUGGUGGAGCUCGGAUGACAACCUCGACAGUGACAGCACUUACCGCACACCCAGUGUCAUGUCGCGGCACCACGGCGAACAUGUCAGCCACUACUACCCAGAUUCCACGCACAGCCACCACUUUGGAGACCUGUCACUCAAGACCUCUAAGAGUAACAAUGAUGUCAAGUGCUCGGCCUGCGAGAGCAUGGCCAUGGCGCCCGAGGGCAAAUUCAUGAAGAGGAGCUCCUGGUCGACACUGACAGUCAGCCAGGCCAAGGAGGCGUACAGGAAGUCAUCGCUAAAUCUCGAUAAGCACUCGGACCUCAAGUCAUCGCGGACAUGUCACUACCUGCAGGUGCCCCAGGAUGAAUGGUCUGGAUACCCAGGGGAUGAUGAGAUCCCGUGUCGGCGGAUGCGCAGCAGUAGUUAUGUCAAAGCUAUGGGAGAGGUGGAUGAUGAAAGCGGCGAUUCUGACACCAGCCCUAAGACCUCCCCACAGAAAGCCAUUCGGCCAGAUGCUCUCGUCCUCAAAUCAGCCAUGCAGAGACCCCAUCUAGACUCCCAAAGCCAGGGCUACCACUUGCAAACAAGAGAAAUGCGACCCCACCCUAGUGUCACGCUGGACCCCGCCUCCUUUCACCCCCCACCCUACCGCUCUCGCAACCAGAGCUACAUGCGCGCCGUCAGCACCCUCAGUCAGGCUAGCUGCGUCAGCCAGGUGAGUGAGACUGAGAUCAAUGGCCAGUUUGAGUCAGUUUGCGAGUCCGUUUUUAGUGAAGUAGAAUCGCAGGCCAUGGAAGCCUUGGACCUGCCUGGUUCGUUCCGCACUCGAAGCCACAGUUACCUCCGUGCAAUUCAGGCUGGUUAUUCCCAAGAUGACGACUGCUUGCCUUCAAUGACAUCCUCCACUGUCACUUCAACUCUCAGAUCCACAACAGAGGGAUAUGAUGUUUUGGAUGGGACCUCUUUACUAAAUGAAGACAUGAUAGAGGAUGAUGACGGUGCUAGCUCCUCUGCCUAUGUGGAGCUGGAGAGGCUUGAGAGAGAGACUGCUGCUGCUCGCAGCCAGCACAGUACUAGCUCGACUGUUACAGCCAUCUCUGUCCCACCGGCAUCCCCGCCUUCGUACAGGAUCCCUUCUGCCUCUCCAGUAUCCUCUGAGCCGCCGGUCCCUCAGGCCCUCCAGGCCUUUAAAGAGUCUGCUAACAUGGUUGCUGCCUUCAAUUUGCAGUGGAAGGAUGAAAUAUCAGCAAUGCGCUAUGAACUCGCAGAGCUGCGUAGAGAUGUCUGUGGGGAAUUGAAGACUUUCAACAGUAACUUCUUCAACUUUACUCAGUGCUACAACAUGUGGACUUUGUGCCGAGAGCCGUGCAGUGACAGCACCACCCAAACGGACGACAGAGUGUCUGUAGGAAUUCAAGCAGGUUCAAGUUGGUCCAUUCGACAGAAUACACAGGACAAGUCAGUGAUGUGCCAACCAGAGCCAGUCCCCUUCAGCAUUAUGGACUUGAUGGACCCACCUCGAAUUGAGAUUAUAGAAGGAACCCCUGAAACCACACCAGAGGGUUCAGGCAGCCCGGCCAGCCCAAUUCCAAUUGAGGAUUUCCCAUGGGAAAUCACUAAAAAGCAAAAGACCCAAAAGCAGCCAGACACAGUGGGCCACACAGGUGGUCACAGAAGCGCCAGUCUAGAACUGUGGAGCAGGAAGUACACCAGUGGGCCCAUGUCAUAUCUGUCUAUGUCAUUCUAAUCAUUCCCAUUCUAAGCAUACUGUAAAAUGAGAUGAAGAAGCCAAGGUAAAAAAUGUUUCUAAGAAAGACAGGGCAGAGGAGUUGUUGGAUGUCCCUUUACUCUAUGCAGACACAGUCUGUCAUUUCUUGAACAGGUUACAAUGAUGUUCAAACAAUCUUUUAAUAAGUGUCUUGGUUAGCCAUGGAAUAAAAGAGAAUGAAUAUGUUUUACACCAGAAUGAAGUGACAUAAGAAUGUGAGAGAGCAUGUGGCUGAUGUUUAGAUCCUAAAGUGCCAACAAGUGCAGCAUCAUCUUUCCUCCGCCGUCAUAAAUACCCAACCUUGAGAUGAAAAGAUAGUUCAAGUAAAUAUGAUUGGAAAUAUAAGGGUAAUUGAAUGAUAUAGUAAAUAAUCAACCAUUGUGAGGUGAGGCAUAAGUUGUUUAUGCAAGUGAAUUGUUCAUGUUCAUUCCAGUUUCUCUUCCUGUAGAAACAUUCUCUUAAGCACCUGAGUAUACUGAAGAAAUACUGUGAAUACCUUUAUAAACCCUAGUUUUGUAAUGAAUGCAUCAAAGAGGAAUACACUAUUUAAGAAUAUAUUGAUAUAUCAUUUAAUUUCUAGUUAUUCUAAUAAAAGCAUUCCUUUCCCAUGGCCUUCAUCCAUUUUGUAGCCAGUUCCAUUGGAAAUGGGCAUUUUGAAAAUUUCUAACUUAGAAAAGAUUUCUCUAUGGUGAAUUGUUAAACAUAAAGUAACUGUAAUAAUUUGAUAAAAAAAAGUAGAUAGUUAUGACAACAACCUACAAUGAAAUUUGUAAAAGCCUAUUCCUUUGGAGUACUGUAUGGAUGACACUGUCUCAAUGCUUAGUGGACUUUGUCCCUGGCUAAUAUUGUUUACGAUUAUUAUUUGUGACUGACUUUCAAGUCCAACAGCAUGUGGAGAAGAAACAGUAAAGGAGAUUCACAGUGAUAAAGAAGUAUGAAUGUAUUGGCUUCAAUUCAUUCUCGCACAAACCACACUCAUGUUGACACUGUAUAUGUAUAUAAAUGUACCAUUUUGUAUAUAGAGAAACUUAUAUUCAAUACUCGUACUGUUUGCAGUUAUAAACAUACUCAUUCCUGAUAGCUCUGAGGGGGGUUAUAGUUGUAACUGUGGUUCAAAACCAAACACAGCACUUUUCCAGUCUUCAAGGUCUGACUUCAUUUAUGCAUCGUGUCCAUUACCCAGCUGUUUGUGCACGUCAUAAAGGAGUUGGGAGUUCAUGCCACUGUUUCUGCUAUUGUUUUUCAUGCAGUGGUGACUGGAGGUUUUUUAUUAUUUGGUUAAGUAUCUUACCUAUCCAUUAUUUUUUAUUUAAGUAAAAGGUCUAACAAGUACUUGAUGAAAUGGUUUAGUAGAUUUUGACAACAUUCUUUAAUAUUCAACUUUUUUUAAAUGCCACACUUCUCUGGUAACGGUGGACUUUUCCAUGCUUGUAGUUCAUCACUGCUGAAAGAUAACAGGGAAACACUGGUCCCUAUAAGUAGACAAUCAGAGCCACUGAGGGCCUCUACCUUUCGCACAUGUCGCCAGAGGUGCAGUAUAGUACCAGUGAAUGUACUAAAACCGCCUCACUAGUGAUGGCUUAGCUGGGCUCCUGUCAAACCUUAAUGGGUAGGAGCCCUCAAUCAUCUGCUAUAUCAUAUAUACUCAUACAAUAAUUGUCCUCAUUAGCCACUGCCAUUCCCUUCAGCCACUCAUCCGGCCCAUUGUCCCAACAUGGCGUACCAAAGUUACUGUAAUACUGAGGCUUGUGGAAUGAGCUCAACAACAAAACAUCUCCAAGCUUGAAAAACGUGAUCUGGACGAUCACUGCAGCACAGGACCAUGGGAAGCCCGUAUGUAUCAGACCCCUGACUGAAAUGUGAACCUUUCAAAUGGACUUUUAAUAAAGGAAAGGCAUCAUAUCUCACUUUAUGAGGAGUGGAUCUUCUUCCCCCUUUGCAUGAUCAAAUACAAGGAGAAAAAGUGGCAUUUUGAAAAUGAUCUUUAUACAAAGGCUGUACUAAAAGGGGAAAUCGAAUUAUAGUUUAAGCCACGAAGGAAAAAACAGGCAGACAUUUCCUUUCAAGUUAUUGCAGUAGCUCCGCCCCACACACCUGUUACAGAUCCUCAUUGAACCCGAGCUGAAAUGCCAAGCGAAAUGAUUAAUUUGCCUUGAUAAUCUAAUAUGUGUUACACAGUAACACUGUAUAAUAGUAUGUUUUGCUGAUAAUGUUUUGCAGAAACUCCUUAGCUGGGAAUUUGAUGUUUUGGUACAAGAAAUAAUAGGUAUGGAAUAAGUUCAAAUCUAUUGUUGCCAUUAUUCACUAUUUGCAAUACAGAAUAAGAACUUCUAAAGGCUGGCAGCCUAUUUACUGUUGUUAAUAACCAAAACAAAUCCAAUUUUGUGAUUUGAUCACAGACCGGCCAAAGGCUGGGAUCGCCUAAAAUCAUACAGGAUUUCAGUGAAAGGCAUAUAACUGUGACAACAUUUAGCCUAUAACCAUUCUAAUAUAUGAUAUAUAUUAAUGGAUAUAUUUAAAAAAAUGUUUGGAAAGGCUUGUAUUCAUAUGUUUGCUUUUGGAUAAAGAGGGAAUUGCAGUGAAAUUCCUUUCUUUAAAUCAUAUUUUCCCAUUGUUUGGGGAAUGCAAACUAAUUUAAAAGGUGCUGAAGACUGACCAAUCAUGAUGUCUCCAAUCUACAUCCAUUCAUUCUAUGCAAGUCCUUUGUUCUUUUUGGUAUUUUACUUCAUUUAAACAUCUGCAGUCAUAGAUAUUAGGCGUUUAUGUUAAGCCUUCAUGCAAGCCAUCAAUGCCAGGAAUGGAAUUAUGUUUUCAGAAAAUAUUGAUGGCUCUUUAAAAAAAAGAAAAAACAUAAUGCAGUUAUUUUCGCAUGAGCCAGGCGCCACACCACAUGUUGUCUUGUGGUUUCCUGGCAGAGAGUUUUUUCAUUCACAUUUCUUCCACUUUAUUUUAUAUGUAUACUAAAAUCAAAGAGUUUGUUGGUGAGAUUCUUGAGAUUACUGCUCAGUAGAAGCAUCUGUGUGCUUUGUGGCAUCGUAUAAAAAAUAAAUGAGAAAUCAUGAGUGCAUCACACAUUGUCAAUUUAUGUAAUGACUACAGCUAAAUUGGAAAAGCUUUGAAUAAUAUAAUUGGAAAUGCUGUACAAAUGCUUACCAUUCUUCUAAAUGUAUAUCCAAUUGAUCUGCAAACAUGGUGAUUUAUUGAUCCCAAGGAACUCACCUAUGCUAUAAAAGGCAUUUCAUCUAGUGUGUCAUCACCAUUUCAUCAUUUAGCCCAAAGAAGUUACCCUUCCCUUAAAAAAAGUUGAAAUGUAGCAAAAAAAGACAGAGAUAUUGAUCAAAGUAUUAUAAAAUAUACAUAUAUAAAUACAUAAGAGUUGUACAUUUAUCAAAAACUUAAGAGGAAAUAGAAUAAGGGUAUUAUUUUUAACCAUGCAACCAUAUUUUGUGUAAUGAAAUAUAUAUCUAUUUGUAACAAUUCUGAAUUGUCUACCUGUUACAUGUUACAGUGUGUAGUCAAUCUCCCCAUGAGUUUCUGUUUACAUUGUGUUGCCAUCCAGAUAUUUGAUGCAACAACUGUGCCACAUCCAGCUAUUAGGACAAAGGUUUUUGGAUGGAAUCUGAUCUGAACUUGUAACACUGCUUGAAUAUAAAUCCUUUUCUACCCCUAUGUUCUCUUCCUGCAUUUAUUCAAGCUACUCUGUUUUGCAUCAAUCAUGUUGCAAUUUUCAGGGAUCUCAGACUGCUUUGUGUAGUGAAUCAGACUUUGUC